UUGCAUGUGCCAACUGGGUGAGAGCCAGAAGGUGCAAAUGUGAGGAGGCCUGACGUGUGAGCAGGGUCAGUGCGGUGAAGGGCGCGUCUUACGGCUUAGACCGGUAAUCUGAGUGGCGGAGGAGUUCGUGUUGCGAUCCAAAUUGUCCCGAGUUCGAACCCAACGCAGCUACUGAAAAAAAAAAUCCUCAGCUGGCCAAAAAAAAAAAAAUUCCUCAGCUGGCCAGGAGGGAUUCCCCUGUGCAAUGUUCAGUAAGGAGAAGGCUUCCCCUCCGUGUGGCGACUCCGCCUACCCGGGCUACCCAACCUUCGAUGAGGAGGUGCCCGCAACGCCCACCAGAUCUGCCGCACUCGCCAGCAUCUUCGCCGCCUCACGUGACCUGCCCAGCCGCAGCCACAUCAUGCAAGAGAUCUCCAUGGACACUCACGAGAGUGGCGCUUCCGACACCCCCGCUCCCAGCCGCGGUCGCGUGAUGGAGGAGAUCUCCAUUGCCACCGCUCCCAGCCGCGGGAAGGUCAUGAAGGAGAUCCAGGCCGCUCCGCGUGAGGCCCCGGCCUCUCGUGGCGCGGUGCUGAAGGAGGUUCAGGUCGCUUCGCGUGAGGAUGUGUGUGAGGUGCCCUCUCGCGGCACGGUGAUGCGGGAGGUAAAGGCUGCUGGCGGGGACGGGGGGCGCACACAGGGGGGAGUGGCGUACGGCUGGGCGUGGUGGUGGGUGGGGCAUGGCCAUGGCGGCCGGAACAAGUGCCAUAAAGAGGAGAUCCAGGCGGCCGCGUGCUGCCUUGGAGGUAAGUAUGCUAAGGAAGAACCACGACGGACCGUGUUUGUCUGUGCAUGUCUUGUUGCAAUGGGUGCAGUGUUGUUGGUGAGCCUCCUGGCUCUGGUAUUGGUGGCGGUGUGUGCGCACUUUGCUCCGGUGGCCCACAAGACAUCCCACCACCUCGCCGGCCAUUUCACCGUGUUAGUGUGUUGUGUGGAGGGAUAAGGGAAACAAACAAUGCAAUGCACCAAAAGGACGAUGUGUGUGGUGGUUUGCGUGUGCAGUGUCCACCAUGCGGCCCCCUCUGCCCCGGCUCUCCCGCCCCCUCCCCAGCACCCCGCCCCACCUGUGCACAAGCAGACCAACCACCAGGGCGACAAGAAGAUGGAAGCCAUCCCGCCCAUCCCGCCGAUGCAUCCGGCAGUGGGGCAGCCGGUGCCGGUGCCGGUGCCGCCCCGGCAGGACCUCCCCCCGUCAGCCCCGGCAUGCACAGACACAGCCUCGGGCAAGUGCGACCGCAUCAACUUCUCUGAGCAGGCCCACCACCACCACUCUGCCGCGAUGCCCCCGCCGUCAGCUCCACAGCAGGAGCCGGAGGCUGAGCCAGAGCCCGAGCAGGCAGAGCAGCAGAGUGCCCCGGGUGGGGCGGACAUCGCAUAUAGGUGCGCACAGAUGGCCACCGCCCAUGACACGGGUGGAUGCGUUUGAUUCCUGUGUCUGUGGGUGUGGGUUCAGUGUGGAGAUGGAGGCGAUGGGUCGGCUUGCCCGUGCCGGCCAUGUGUAUGAGAUAUCCUAUGCGUCUGACGUGACCCGCAAGACCCACCGCAUAUUCAUCGACGAGAAGGACACGAAAGAGCUCACCUCAGUGGUCGUCGACACACAAGACGUACGUACGCAGAGCAACAGAGACGAAGGGCGGGUAUAUGUGUCAGUCUCUGUCUCUGUAUGUGUGUGUCAAGGUCCCGCUUUCUCAGUAUGACAAGGCGAUGCUGGCCCAGCAGGGCCAGAAGCUCGAUGCCGCACUGGCUGAGACCGAGAAGCGCAUCAAGGCCGACCCCAGAUACCUCGAGAACAACGAAACUGACAAACGCAAUUACGCCUCGGUACACACGCCAGCCCUCACACAGACCUGUGUCUCAUGCGAUGUCUUGCGUUGGUGGUGCAGGCUGUGUUAAAUUUCGAUGCCAUCGCCAAGGCCGUCGGCAGCGGCGGGUUCAACAAAAUGCGUGUCGACGAGACGGCCGUCGUCCGUGCGAGCCAGCAGGGCCACAAGGACAUUGUGGUGAUGGUGUGGCCACAGGAAGCACUCAAGCUAAGGUAAGUGGGCACACACAGAGAAAGAGACACAGAGAGAGAGGCAGACACAGACAAGGCAUCUCUGCUUGUGUGUUGCUGCAGUAGUCUGGUCCGAGCCGCCCGUGCCGGCCAGGUGUAUGAGCUCUCGUAUGUGUCUGACGUCACGCACAAGACCCACCGCAUAUUCAUGACCGACAAGGAUAUGAACAACAUGAGAGGAGUAGUGGCCAACGACCGACAGGUGCGCACCUGUGUGAAUCCGUGCCUCCAUCGUUUUCUGUCUGCCAACCUGCCUGUCUGUCUGCCCCCUUCCUCUCCAUUUGUAAUGGUUCAGGGUUCGCUUCGUCAGUCGGACACGGCGAUGCUGGCGCAGCAGGCCCAGAAGCUCGAUGCAGCACUGGACGAGACCGAGCGGGCCAUCCAAAAGAACAAGAACUAUCUGACAAACGACGAAAACAAGAAAGGACAAUACGCCACGGUGAGGACAGGAAAAUGGGGACUGGCAGCCCACCCACGCGCAGAUGCGCCUGUCUAUGUGUUUGGAUGGAUAGAUGGAUGGAUGGUCGUAGGCGGCUUUGAAGUUCCAUUCGGUUGCCACCGCUCUCGGCAAUGAGGGUUUCAAGCUCAACAGAGUGACCGGCAGCACCCUCAUGGCGGCUGUGCGAGACGAUGGCCGACAGAACGAUAUUGUGGUCAUCAUAUGGCCGCAGGCCGCCAUCGCAUGAGACAAACGGAGAUAGAUAGAUAGAAAGACAGACAUACGGACGGCACAAUUCCGUCACCCACGCACUUAAUUUUCGGUGGUAGUGAUCAGCACGUGUGCAUGUGUGCGCAGGCGUAAGACAUGAG